GUGCGAAAGCGCUGAGGGAAUCGCAAUUCACUAAACAGGGUAGAGGGGUUGAACCCUUUUUCCUCUUUUCGUUGUUUAAUAUUAUCCCCUGGCUGAUUUGUGCCCUCCGACGGCCCUUUAAUUUAAAUCGAAGGAGGGAACAAAAGAAGGAAUAAAAAGAAGACGACGAAUUGACGGCGAUAAUCAAUUACUAAAAUCCCUGGCACACAUCUACAAACGAGGAAGUGUGACAAUUCCAGGACUUCCACCUUACCCUACUCUGUUGUCUUAAGGGAAAAAACAGGCCUGUCGAAGCGCAGGCCAAAUAUACUGUCGCAAAAGUGGCCGCACGAGCGUCGCGCUACUAUACGAACCACCCAUCUAUUCAGAUCCGGCAGCGACUUGACCCGGUGGGAUCGAAAAAUCUGGCCAAGCCGACGGUAUUGAGGGGCAGCUUCCACAGCUGUCCCGAUCUGUCCGCGCUACAGAUAUCAUCCCUGCCGCCUCCCCCGAGAAGCGCAAACGACGAUCCAUCAUCUCCUUCGUUCCACGAGGGGCACCCGACCACCGCACCACUAUCCCGCUCUGCAUCCCCCGACGCCGUCAGCCUUCACCACGGUCCUCGAAAAUCAGUAUCGACCAGAAAGCGGGUUUCUAAAAAGGCGCGCGGCGUCCUGGGCAAGGUUCGGGCCUUCCAAAGGAUCGCUGCGGCCAAGAUGGCUCAUCCUACCAUCAAAAUCGAUACCAGCGUACAGGCGACCAAGCGGGCGCAUCCUGGAGACCCGGAGGAAGGUCUAGAGGGACUCGAUGACCCGGAUCAGGAAUUUUUCGGUCUGGAAGCGGGUGAUAAUGAACAGAUUCCUCCAUUUCUCUGUCAGUCAGGUUUAGAAAUUCAUCAUCGGUUCGAAGAACUGGAAUGGCUACAAAGAACUCGUGUUGCAGAGGGGAUACAGGCCAACGACCCCUCUCACCGGUGGGCUCUAGAGACGAAUCCCGAGGUCAAAGCACGGAACCGCUACAUGAACGUGCAAGCGUGGGCGAACUCUCGCAUCCACCUACAGGUUGCCGAGGGGGAGUGUGAUUUCAUCAAUGCAUCCCCCAUAGCUUUGAUGGAUUCGGUGUCGGAGCAGGAGCGGAGGUACAUUGCCACCCAGGGUCCGAAGGUUGGUAACAUCGCCCACUUCUGGCAUAUGGUCUUUCACGAAUCCAAAGACGUCGGGGUCAUCGUCAUGCUCACCCAAACCUUUGAGUUGGGCCGAGAGAAAUGCUCCCAGUACUUUCCGAUCAAUCCAGAUAAACCUUCCAUGCUUCUCCGCGACGACGAUACCGAUCCAUUCAUAAAUGAGGAAGACCAAGAAACGGGCGCGCUGGCUCAAGUCACUCUCCUCGAGACCACCUUGGACCCUGAUUCUCGCUCAGAAAUCCGCAAAUUGGAGCUAACGGUGGGAACGGAAUCCAAGAUUGUCUGGCACUUUCUCUUCGCCGGCUGGGCGGAUUAUUCAAAACCAGAAGGCGAAGACCGCGACGCGCUACUCCAGCUGAUCAGGCUCUCGGGCGAGAAAUGCACUCCCGACAACCCGCGCAUUGUGCAUUGUAGCGCGGGCGUGGGGCGGACCGGCACGUUCAUCGCUCUCGACCACCUGCUACAGGAGCUCGAAUCGGGCCAGCUACUCGAGGUUGACGACCCGGACGUCGACCCCGUCUUCGAGGUUGUCAACGAGAUGCGCGAACAGCGCAUGAUGAUGGUUUACAACGAAAUGCAGCUGCAGUUCAUCUACGAAGUCCUGCGGGAGCAGGCCGAUAUCAAACUCGGCAAGAUACCCAGUUCCACCGGUCGCAGGUCGGAUGAAAGGUCCACCAAAAUGGCCAAGCUGUCCGACGAGUCGGAGUAUCUACCCUCGUCUAAGCCAGAGUUGAGGCCGACAGGUGACCCUUCCACGCCGACCAGAAGCAGCUCAGGCACUGCGGCGGAAUCUGACGAUGAUCAAUGAACUUGGCUCUAUGUUUUGUUUCUGGUACCCCAUAAUUCGAGGAUCGCAUGC